GCGGCGGCGUUUGCGGUGGCGCGGCUCCGUGUUCAUCAAGGCACCUCGAGGCCCUUACCCCCUACCAGGUCCCCAGAAGCAGGGAUCCCGGCCCUCCCUGCAGCUGCUGGGCUCUCCUGCGCGUGCAGCCCCGCGAAUCUGCGUGAUCCCGGCGGCUGCCCCUUUCCCCUGUCAGAGCGAUGCCCGGGGCGGCGGCGGCGGCGGCUCUGGGCUCCUCGCGGCCCCGGCCGUGACCGCCACACCGAGCCCGGUCGGGCGGUUGGGGCCGUUGGACGUUUGUUUUCGCAGGCUUCCCCUCCCCCCUCGCUGAGGCGGCGGGGGUGCGCGUUGCGAAGGGGGAGCCGAGAGACUCCUCCCCCUCCACGAUACCCCCGCCCCUCCCCCUUACACACUCGCACGCACUAUCGCGCCGGCUCCCACACGCUCGCGCGCCUCCCGCUCCGCGCCUCGGUGUUGGCCGGCAUCGUCCAGGGCCCGCGGAGCCACCAUGUCCACUGCCUCCUCCUCUUCCAGUUCCUCUCAGACUCCUCAUCCCCCGCCGCAGAGGAUGCGGCGCAGCGCCGCGGGUUCCCCGCCCGCCACCCCCGCCGCCGGGAGCGGGAACGGUGCGGGAGGCGGCGGCGUGAGCUGCGCCCCGGUUGCGGGAGCCGGCCGGCUGCUGCAGCCCAUCCGCGCCACGGUGCCCUACCAGCUCCUGCGGGGCAGCCAGCACAGUCCCACGCGCCCGCCCGCCGCCGCCGCCUCGCUGGGCAGCCUCCCGGGGCCCGGCGCGGCCCGCGGCCCCAGCCCGCCCAGCCCGACGCCGCCGCCGACCGCGGCCCCGACCGAGCAGGCGCCGCGGGCCAAGGGCCGCCCGAGACGGUCCCCAGAGAACCACCGGAGGAGCAACUCACCUGAGCGACGGAGCCCCGGCUCGCCCGUGUGCAGAGUGGACAGGCCAAAAUCUCAUCAAGUUCGAACCUCUGGUACAAUAAGGCGAACCUCUUCUUUGGAUACGAUAACAGGACCUUAUCUCACAGGACAGUGGCCACGAGAUCCUCAUGUUCAUUACCCUUCAUGCAUGAAAGAUAAAGCUACUCAGACACCUAGCUGUUGGGUAGAAGAAGGCACAGAAAAGAGAUCACAUCAGCGUUCUGCAUCAUGGGGGAGUGCUGAUCAACUAAAAGAGCAGAUUGCCAAACUGAGGCAGCAACUACAACGUAGUAAGCAGAGCAGUCGGCACAGUAAGGAGAAGGAUCGUCAGUCACCUCUCCAUGGCAACCAUAUAGCAAUCAAUCACACUCAGGCUACUGGAUCAAGAUCAGUCCCUAUGCCACUGUCAAAUGUAUCAGUGCCAAAAUCAUCUGUUUCACGUGUGCCCUGCAAUGUAGAAGGAAUAAGUCCCGAAUUAGAAAAGGUAUUCAUUAAAGAAAAUAACGGGAAAGAGGAACUAUCCAAGCCUUUGGAUAUCCCGGAUGGUCGGAGAGCCCCCCUCCCUGCUCACUACCGGAGCAGCAGCACUCGCAGCAUCGACACGCAGACCCCCUCUGUGCAGGAGCGCAGCAGUAGUUGCAGCAGUCACUCCCCCUGUGUCUCCCCCUUCUGUCCCCCGGAAUCCCAGGAUGGUAGCCCUUGCUCAACAGAAGAUUUACUCUAUGAUCGUGAUAAAGACAGUGGGAGUAGCUCACCGUUACCCAAGUAUGCUUCAUCUCCCAAACCAAACAACAGCUACAUGUUCAAACGGGAGCCCCCAGAGGGAUGUGAGCGAGUGAAGGUCUUUGAGGAAAUGGCGUCUCGCCAGCCUAUCGCAGCCCCUCUCUUUUCAUGUCCUGACAAAAACAAGGUUAAUUUCAUCCCAACCGGAUCAGCUUUCUGUCCUGUAAAACUUCUAGGCCCUCUCCUACCUGCCUCUGACCUGAUGCUCAAGAACUCUCCUAACUCUGGCCAGAGCUCAGCUCUGGCCACCCUGACCGUGGAGCAGCUCUCCUCCCGGGUUUCCUUUACGUCUCUUUCUGAUGACACCAGCGUGACGGGCUCCACAGAGGCCUCUGUCCAACAGCCAUCCCAGCAGCCACAGCAGCUCCUGCAGGAACUGCAGGGUGAGGAGCACAUCUCCUCUCAGAACUACGUGAUCAUCUAAAGCAGAGGGGGAGCUGGCCUCCACCCUGUGUUCCCUGGAUUAGGAACUAGAUCUCAGACAUCUAUCUGCAUGGAGUGACAAACUUCCUGACACCACCACCACCAACAACAGAAUACUUAUCAGCAUCAUAAAGUAUCUCUCAACACUGAUCUUGGCAGGGACGGAACUCCUAUUCAGCAGUUUUUGUGGAAAGCAGUAAUGCUUGCAAAAAUGUGUGUAUCAUUCAGCAUUUUAAGUGGAGACUAUGCAUUUCAUAGUAUGUUUGACAGAUUAGUACUGUGUCCUGUGUUUUGUUCCAAACUCUUCAGUAUAAAUAAGCUCUAUAUCAGAAAGUUGCCUGUCUAAAUAGAAAAUGUCUUGCUGUGUUUUGUCCUAUGGAAAAAUACUGUACUUCAGAAUUAUGUUUACAAUUGAUCCAGGUGUUUGUUUCUAACUUCUGUAAUACAUACAAUGCAAAAAAAUAAGUAAAUAAAUGGCCACAACAGUUGCACAGUGCCCACCCUAUGGCCUAGCUUCAGGUACUUCAGUUGAAGUCUAAACUCAGGUAACUUGGAAUGUAUAUCAUAUUGGGAUAUUAACUAUUUCACAGCUAAAAAGCUAAAGAGGGAACAUCACUCUUUUGCCUUUUCUUAUUUUAUGCAUUUCCCUUUCCUCAUUACAUUCCACAUUCUUAGAAUAAGAAGUGCAUUCAACCCUAGGAGAACAGAAAUCCUGGACAUGGGUGAACAUGAGGAGAACCAGCAAAUCUGUGGUGUCUGACAUCACUUUUGUCAUGUGGUUACACGUAAAACAACUGUUGCAUUCACUGUUUCAGUAUGUGUAAAUGUGGCUUUUUU